GGCUGAUUGUUCAGUAUCGUGACUACUUUGAUCGAGUUCACAGACAGAGCCAGCGCUUGUGUCGUGUGAUCGCGUAGGUUCGUGCCAAACGUGUUUGAUUCAUGCGAUCGGACGGAUCAUUCACCUGGGGCGCGUAUCGCUUUCGUAGUGCCCGGCGUUUAUAAUCGUAAAUCGCGAGCGAAAGGGUGAAACACAACAAGUGGUCUUGAGUUCUACAUUAUGUGUUAGUUUCACGCAGUCAUUUAGUAACCGCUUAGUUAUCUUCUGCUCGGCAGUUAAAUAUCUUGGCAGACAGUCAACGAUGGCAAAAUUUGAGCUAUUUGUCGGUUUUUAUGUGUAAUCGUGUAACAGUCCCGUCACGCGGCGAUUUCGCGCCUGUAUGUGAUUUGACGAGUGGCUUGAUGUGCUUUCACUAAACGCAACCGUAAACUUGUUCUGGCCUUGAGUCCGUACGCUCUGGUUAGCGAAGUGCUGCUACCUAGAUAAGCUUUAUCGUCGCGUCGUCAAUCAAUCGAAGGAGCAACCGGCAGUACGCGCCGCGCAUUUCAUCGGUUCAUAUUCAGGCACAUGAUGCAUCAGUACGAGAACAAAAGUGCUCUGUGAUGACACUGUUUAUGUGAUUUUUUUCAGUAGAUCUAGGCAAUUAGAUGAGGUUUUGUGCUGUGUACUUAGUAUGGACGAGGUGUCUGUGACCGUACGAAAAAUGCCACUUCGGUGCUAGAUUGGUGAAUCAACAAAAGCCCGCAGCAUUGUGUAUUCCCCCGUUGACGUACAAGUUCACAAUAUAGGGGUUUUUGUGUAUGCGGAUUUUCUUCGUCCAAAGCUCAAAUCAAAAACUUUAUCGCCGGCGAUGUAGCGUAUCGACAUGAGGCAGUGUCACAGCCACAAAGGCAACAGAAGAAGAAAAGUAAAAUAGACUGCGAACUGAGCGCUAAAUCGUCACUGCUUUUUAUCACAAUGUUAUUUGCUCUGGUGGCCGAAAAAACAGGUUGAGUGCAAAUUGCACCUGACAGUAGCGCCUUGAUCGUGUUCGAUUGUGAUAGCUGAUGCUUUCUAGGUUUUAGGAAGAAGAAAAAGUGUACAUUUCGUAGUGCUUAUUGUUUUUGUAUUUCUAAUUGAUAACUUGUUGCGAGUUAUCAUCUCAAACUCUUAACUAAUUAUACGUGCUUAUAAAGUGACAACGAAAAAUGUGCCGAUGCUGUCAAAGUUGCUGGGAAGAGCUGUAUUGGAACUGCAUAGAGGAAAGGUUUUGCUACGAUGAAACAAUUGCUCACUACGACCCAGAGGAAGAUGAGUACGCUUCGCAGAAAAAAGCCAAAAAUGGAUUUUACAAUCCGGAGGAGUCGAUGGAAAACAAUAAUGCUCCGAUCUGCAGGCAGCCAGCUGGAUUGGCUCGAAACAUGUCCAUGAGUUCAAAGGUCCACGAGGAUGACUUGCGUCGCGAAAUUCAAACCAACGUACCGAUGCUGGCACCGGAGGUUAUGGCCGUAUUCGCUCACUCGCAGAUCUUCCAGGAGCAUGCUCCCCCGAAAUCGACUUUGAAAAGUCCUGCUUCGGUCAAGUUUGCCAUUUCGUCGGAUUCUUCAUCGAUUGAUACGCUGGUAUCACCUUUCGCGGCAAAACCGGACCCCGGAAGCACAGAGAGCAAACGGGAGGAUGACUCCGAUAAGCUUUUGAAACGCCUCGAAGGAUCUCGGCAGGAUAUACGCGAGAGUCGGCUAGGCCCAACCGUAAUCAUUCCGGAAAUCGUUGAAGAAGAUCAAGAUAACGAGGUUAUUCUACGCCCGCCGCGAAGUCUCAUUGAAGCAUCCACUUCGUUCUCCAGUUCAGCAGUUGGCUUAGACAAAACCCUGUCUACGCUACAAGCAACACAGCCAUACUUUUCUGUGCGUCCUGCCAGCGAGAACGAUAUCUUCACCAUUUCAACAGCAAGCAGUGGUUACAAUGCUAUCAGUAUGACUCCGGAGGUUCCUGCCAUAUCAUAUUCAAACCUUCCAAAGAACUAUCUGGAAACACCGACAGUGGAUAAAUACCGCGAAUCGGUCAGCUUGUACUCCAUACAAACGGCGAGCGUUAUGGCCGAGAAGGACUAUUCGAUGCCCAGAUAUUACCGCAAGUCGGACCUAUUCGUCAAUCGCACGGAUCGGAGCAAUUCGGAAUUGGCAAAUUCUAGCUCUUCGGUCACUACUACUCCGGCACGACAAGCAGAAAAAAGCAAACGAUUGAUGAACAUACGGACAGCAUUACCGCCACUCAAUCUAACACUAAUCAGAGGAACCUCUUCAGCCAAUUUAAAAGAACGUGAAAGAGAAGCCAAGGAGAAGGAUAAACUUAAAGCAAAACAGUAUUAGCUUGUAGCAACUAAACUGUACUUAUUGUUACGGACAGACCUGGGUGCCUGGGAAGUUACACUAUUGUUAUACGGAUGUAGUUGGCACCGAAAUAGCUGUAUAUUUUACUUAAAAUUUAAAACAUACCACUUAAGAAAAUAAAACUUAGCUUUUUAAAUUUUGUGCCACAUCUUUAAUAAAUAUAUUGUUUGGAAA